AUGGAUAAAUUUUUCUCACCGAGGGAAAUUCGACUAAAUCACAACAAUGGUGGUGGUGGUGGUGGUAACCUCAGCGGUGGCGGUGGUGAUGGUAGCCUCGAUGGUGACCUGUGUGGUGGCCUCGAUGGUGACCUGUGUGGUGGCCUCGGCGGUGACAUGGGUGGUGACCUCGGAGGUGACUUGGGUGGUGGCGGUGGUAGCCUCGAUGGUGACCUGUGUGGUGGCCUCGGCGGUGACUUGGGUGGUGACCUGGGUGGUGGCGGUGGUAGCCUCGAUGGUGACCUGUGUGGUGGCCUCGGCGGUGACUUGGGUGGUUACCUCAGCGGUGGCGGUGGUAACCUCGGUGGUGACCUGUGUGGUGGCCUCGGCGGUGACCUGUGUGGUGGCCUCGGCGGUUACUUGGCUGGUGACCUCAGCUGUGGUGGUGAAAGUCUCGGUGGUGACUUUGGUGGUGGCCUCGGCGGUGACGUUGGUGGUGACCUCAGCGGUGGCGGUGGUAGCCUCGGUGAUGACUUGGUGGCGACCUCAGCGGUGGCGGUGGAAGUCUCGGUGGUGACCCCCUGGGUGGUGGCCUCGGCGGUGACCUCGGUAGUGGUGGAGGUGGUCUCAGCAGUGACCUGGGUGGUGACCUUAGCCUCCGUGGUGGCGGCAUUCGCAGUAAUUAGAUUGUUCUCAAAAGCCAGUCAUUUCAGAAUGAUAUUAUAA